AUGGUCAGCGCAUUGAAAAAUCCAAUACGCCACUUGGUCAUUGGCGAAGUUUGUUACUUAGUUCCUACUAAUCCUUCAUCUCAGGAAUCGCUGGUGAAACUAGUAAACUAUCUAGAAAACGAAACUGUUGGAGAUGUCGUGAAAAAGACAAACAAAUUUGAUACGUCAGAAUUUAAAUCAUUUUUACAAGCAUUAGAAACACUUGCAAAAAAGAAUACUAAGUAUAACGAAACACAAAUACAUUACAAUGCAGUGAAGCGAAAAUCUGAAGAGAUUCGAAUGAACUUAGCGAACAAUGUUAGCAUUGCUGAACAAAAUCUAAUUGACGCUCAUGUCAUUAUUGAUAAUAAUAAUAAUAAUAAUAAUAAAAUUAAUUGGUCUUAUGAUUCCCAUAAAUUCUGUUCCCGUAAAGAACUUGAAACAGAGAUCAGAAAUAAAUUGAAAGAAGCCAUAGAAGUUGAACCAAUACUUAUACAAGAAACAAUUAAUAUGAAAAACAAAAUCGAAACAAUUAAAGUACAACUUCAAACAUUAACACAAACAUUCAAAGAAUAUCAAAAAACAUUCAAUGAAUUAAAACAACAAUUAAUUGAAUUAGAUAAACAAUUUGUCAAUAAACAAAAUAUGGCAGAAAAUUUAUUCAUAUGGAUUAGAAAAAAUGAAGACAAUUUAACUAGUCAUUUUAAUGGAAAAUUGAAUCAGGAACUCAAUGAAUUAAAUCAAUUGUCACAAGAGAAAUCAGAAGCAUUUUAUAAAAUUAAAAUGAAUGAAAUAGAAUUAGAAACUGAAAAUGAUCGUUGCAAAAAACUAAUAUUAAAUUAUCAGAAUGAAAUAGCGAAAUGUAGAAGAUCUAUUGAAUUACUUGAAUCACGUUUAGUUACUGCACAAGAUUUAUUACAAGUUUCCAAUGUAGACUACAAUCGUACACAAAUGAAACAUAUAUCAGUUAAAGAUGAAUUAGAAUUAACUAAAUCUAGAACAAGAAUGGAACAAGAUGAGAAACAAAAUAUGUUAAAACAUUUACGGCACAAAAUUGAGGAGGAAUGUGCAAUCAAAUCUAAAUUGAUGAUAGAUUUUGAAAAUAGUCUUUUAGAAUUUGAAAAAAUCAAACAAGAUGGUUAUCAAAAGCGUUUAGAAUUAGAAGCAACAGCUAAACAAUUAGAAAGUAAUAUUGAAAAUGUCAAAUUAGAAUUAGAAGCUGUUCGAUUAAAUCAUAAUCAUUCUUUAGACCAACUGAACAUCAUACAAAAUGAAUAUAAACAAUUCGAAAAUGAAUGGAAUCAAGAAUAUUCUACGAUGAGUAGUAAAGUUCAAACACUAAAUGAUUCUUUACUGAAAUCGAAAGCGCAAUUCAAUGAACUAAAAACAAAAUUUGAAGAAAUGAUUAGUGAGAAGAAUUUUCUUGAGGAAAAACAAGAUAAACUCAAAUUAUCAUUGUUAGCAUUAAUGAAAGUGAAACUGCGAGGAACUACAAAAUUAAGUCAGUUAAGAAAUAUGAUGGCUGAUCUUACCAAAACGAACAAAACAAUAAUCUCAGAACUAAGCAUUUUGAAAGGGCAAACUGAACAAAUGAGCCAACUUCAAACCAAACGUGAAUUACAACAGUCGAAUCUAAUGAAAACUCGUGAUUUGGUAUUAAAGAAACUAAAGGAGGAAUUAAGAGAGAAACUCAAUCUUAAUUUAACAUUAUCUGAUCAAUAUAUUAAAAUGCAAGAAGAACAGAGCAAAUUAUUGUCAAUAUUCAACUUAGCUGUAACAAAUGCAGAUUUAGAUCAAAAUCAACUGUUUAAUGCAGAGCAAACUUUAGCAUUAUGGGCAAGAAUUUUACGACAACGUAAUUAUUGGGAAUUGAUAUUGCAAGCGAAACACGAAGCACUAGUUGAUGAUUUAUCAAAUCAAAAUCAUCAAAUUAAUCAACAGAUCAGUGAAAUUAAAGAAAUGAACAUGAAUAUUAAACCAAAACUCUCUAUAGAAUGUAAAAUAUGA